CUAAUCGCUAAACCUCUUACCAUGCAAGUCUUUUCUCCCUCUCACUCUAUCCGGCUAUCCCUUUUCUCUGGUGUCGUUUCUCCCUCUCACUCUUGAAUCCACAAUCUCCAUCUUCUCUCAGCACAAAAUUCCCAUUAUCCAGCAAAACAGCACUCACUUUGGCUUCCGAUUGACUGGAGUAAAGCUCGAUCGAAUCCCCUCCGGAGGAAUCGAUCUUCAAAGUUCCAUUUCUGGUUAUGAGAAGAACUCCAGAAUCAGAUUUCAGCGGCUGACUUCGAUUGGCGAGCCAGCAGGGCUUCUUAGUGUCCGAUUUGUACCAAAUCGAGAGUUUGUAGAGUGUGAAUCUCACUGAAUUAAUCAAAAUGUAUGGAAAGAAAGGGUGCGAGUUAGUGAAAGAACUUGCAGACGGCGAACCUGGGCAGCUUGCAGCGUACAAUAAUGAUCUAUUUUCUCAAGUACUGGAAGAAUGUAACAGCCAUUUCCUUCACCUACGAUCCCUGAUGAGCUCUACUUCAUUUGAAAAUUCAAGUAGUCAACAACCAUCUGAUGAUGCUGAUUACUAUGGUUUGCUAGUUCACCACCAGUCUCUGAUCCGCAACAAACGAUGUCUCAUGGCUUAUGUAUACAACCGCUCAGAAAUUAUUCGCAGUUUGAGUUGGACCCUUGAGCCUGUACUCCCUGAACAAAUCGAGGAGAAGCUUAGCAAUUCUGAAAAAGAAUAUUUCAAGAAUCACUCUGCAACCCUACAAUCAUACAUGGCAGAACUUGAUCUGGACUUGGGUGUGGAUAUGGUACCACCCAAAGACCCCUACAUCAAAGUGAGGGUCCUUGAUGACAUCGGUACUGUCACGCUCAGUGAUCAGUUUGCUAAUUUGGCUCUCCAUGCGAUUCUUUUUCUUAGGAGAACUGAUGCCGAGAAGUAUAUUGCACAGGGUUUAAUGGAGGAGCUCACAAGUUGAGUAGAGUUUUAUUUAUUCAUUGUUGGAUGAGCUCAUAAGGAGGUGAUUACCAAUUCUAAAUGGGUUCAACACUGUAAUGCAUUAACUAAUACAAGGCAGCAUCCCAAUAGAUUGUGGAGUAAUAUGUACCACAGAAUGGUUCUUGUGGUUGCCAUAAGCCCUGAUGAUGAACUCUCAUUUAAGACCCCAAUAUCUCAUUGAUGACAAAUUUUGAAGAAAAGACAGACGACCAGCUGACGUUCAAAGUCGCAGAGGGAAAAAAAUGUGAUGUAUUUACUAGCUGAAACAGUUUUGUUAGAGAAAGAAAAGAGAACGUUUUUGUAUGUUUAUUUUAUUCUCCAGAUUAUAAUAUUAAAGAUAUUUUUACUUCAACAACAUCACAAAUUCCGAAUCUAGACUUCUAUGUACCAUCUUCUCCCUCUUUGUUCUUCCCUAUAUUAUGAAUCACUUCUCUUUAUUCUACAGUAUUUCUCUUUUCUUUAUAAAUCCAUUUAAUUGUCAUAAUCAAUAUUUAAUCACUUG